CAUUUGCUGCUGCUUUUUUUCUCUCCUCCUCCCAUCCCACCCGUGUGCGCCGCGUCCAUACCAAGAUCCACUGACUUAUCCGCCACAUGUCCCCGCAGAUUCAACUUCAUAAUUGUCUUACGCCACAUUAAAGGACGGGGACGUGUUGACCUGACAGCUGAUCGGCGCUUUUACAGGUUUGCUCCACUCCUUCACCUGUAAGAGCUCUCCUCUGAAAAGCCUUCUCUCCCUCACCAACGCUUGUGCCAUGCAGGAGGUGUGAACCCUCCUCCUUCUCUUUCUUUGCAAACCGCUGGAGGAAACCCAAAAAGAGAGCAAAAGAAAACCCAGACUCUAACAAGUCACGAUGUCAGACCCUGACCCCUCUUUGCCGACAGUCCCCCCACUGCCCCUCACUUCUCCGCGCACUCCCUUGCAGCUCUCCUUUCCCUUCCUGAGGGAGGGCAGCCGGGUUUGGGAGAAGGAGAGGAAACCACCACAGCCCGGAGAGCUGCCUAGCCCACUGCCUACUAAACGCACUCGCACAUACUCAGCGACAGUGCGAGCUAAAUCAGGUCCUGUAUUUAAAGGGGUGUGUAAAAACUUCUCCAGGUCUCAGGGUCAUGGAUUCAUACGGCCUUCCCACGGAGGAGAGGACAUCUUUGUCCACAUCUCUGACAUUGAGGGAGAGUACGUGCCUAUGGAAGGAGACGAGGUUACGUACAAAGUGUGCCCCAUCCCUCCCAAGAACCAGAAGAUUCAGGCUGUCGACGUGGUGAUCACCCACCUGAAUCCAGGCACAAAGCAUGAGACCUGGUCAGGUCAGAUCAUCAGCUCCUAGACCAGGGAUUUAAGUCUCAGAUCUGCAAAGGCGAAGAGGGGUUUAGACUUAAUUUCAGAUUUUAUGUUUUGGUAAGGGAAACGGUAGGAUCAGGUCUGGGGCAGAGGGAUCCGAGCUCGGUGUGCGGUGGGCAAACGCUGGCCUGAGGUGAUAGUGGUACAGAAAGUAAACUUCUAGAUAUAAAAGUUAGGGUUGGGAGUUAAGCUUUGAAUGUAUGUGUUUGAAUGUUUUUAUUUGGAGGCCAUGAUUUGAUCAUUUGUGUUUGAAUAUUUCUGUUGGGGGGGGUUAAAGGGGUUCAGGGUUUGGUGCUAGCAAUUUUACUUUGGGCUAGGGAACAUAUUUAAGUUGGGAAAUAAGUGGUUGUAAAGGAAGUGUCUUUAAUGAGUUGGAUAAAGAUGUACUAGGGGCCGAAAUGCAUUUUGAGCUAAUGAAACAGUUCAACCAUACAGACUCGCACUCUGAGUUUUUGGGAGCAGCUCAGAGGACGUAUGUGUGUACUUCCAAUUUUACAUAUUCACACUGUGUGCCACCACUGCCAAGGUUCAUUAAAAAAGUCACACUGAAACAUUCAUUUUAGCCAUAAUGUCUAUGUUUACAACCGCAGAGGAGGAAGAAGAAGAAAGAUUCAAAGGAAAAAACACUUAAAAAAUGCCAAGAUUUUCCAGGUUGUUUACUUUUCCCAAAUGGGAACUAUGAGUAUACUUUCACUAGUAACUUUUCCAUAUUUGCAAUUCGCUCUUAAUGCAUUUCGGCCUCAAGUGCUGUGAGAAGUUUCACGUGUUAGGAAGAUGUUUCCUUCUAAACAUUGUAGCGCUACAGUAUUUUUUCUAUUUGCAAGUGUAGAAAUCCAGUAUUAUUGUAGCCAGCUCCUAUGACGGUCUAAAGUUUUUGUGGUAGACAGUGGGCAUGUGGGCCUGCUGCUGAAAAAACAGGCCAGAGGGUUUGGGGUUGGUGGAGGAAAUGGUCAGAGGGUGAAGGAACGGGCAGAGGAUGGAGUGAUCAUCUGUAGUUGUGCUCGAGCACAGAUGCAGCUAGCUUCGAUGUGGGUGUUAUAAAGCACGUGUAAGGAGGAUGACUGAGAUUAAUGUCAGCAGUUCUCACUUUGUGGGUCAUCAGGUGACGUCAAUGAUCUUAAAGAAAUAGUUUAACACUUUGGGAAACAGUUAUUUGCCUUACAGAUUAUAGGACUGAUUUCUCCUUCAGGUCAGGGUUUCCUACUCUCACGUUUCUGGCGUGUGACAAAUGCUUUAACCUUCAGUCUCAUGCUGCUGGAAUGAAUCUUAUUUGAAAUAUAGAAAACACAAAAAAGCAAGCUUCUGAGUUUCUCUUUUAUAGAAAAAAAAAGUUUAAACUAAGCUUUCCGCACACAAUACAAACUCUAAACAUCAGGCUUUUUCCACUGUUUAGAACCAACACUGAUCCAGAAACAGUGGAGAGUGCAAAAGAUUGUUAAUGUGCUUAUGUUUACAAAGGCUUGCCAGCAAAUGUAGCCUAAUCUGUGCACAGGAAUCUUUUUAGGACUCUUUGUCAAACUAUAUCAAAUACUUGCAUCCUUAUCGGGCACAGGAUCACCUGCAGCUGUGUUCCACAAAGUGAGAGAGUGGUUUCAGCUUCAUUACAGCUAAUAAUAGCUUCAGACACUGCGGUACUGAAAAUGGACCAUUAGAGCCUAACAGUGAAUCACCAGUUAAACCAUUUGUUACAUAGCUAUUCUCAGACUGAGUCCUAUGCUUCAUUAAAAGUCUGGAUUUCUGCUCAAAUUCAGUGACCAUUGUUAGCAGUAAUAAGUGAAGUGAUGUUUACUUUACCAUGACCUCUAAUCAUUAAACUAAAAGAACGUGAUAGCAGUUAGCCUAACAGCAAUGAAAAUAUAUUUUCCACAUUAUAUUUUCUACUUUAGCUCAUAAUUUAUGUGUGAUAAAUAUGAAAAUAUAGCAAGCAGCCACAGCAUAGCCUAGCAUAGCAUUAAGACCAGAAAAAGGGACAAGAGGUAGCCUGGCAUUUUUUUCAAUUAUCCUAAAACUUUAGGCUAAGCUAACCAGCUGCUACCUGAUUAUAUAAACUUAGCACAAAACGUAAAAACAUUUCUGUUUGAUUAUUGUUUCUUUAUUGUAACAAUGCUUCUUGACAAUAAAUCUCAUACCAGCGGAAAGUCUGCUUAUUUCCCCUUAUAUGGUACCACAUUUAUAAGGACAAUGCUUUUGUGGGUUGAGCAGCAGAGUGAGUAUGUGGCUUGCGCCCAUGUAACAUUUGCCAAAUCUUCUCUGCCAAUACCAAACAGUUUAUUCUGCUAUUGACUUUUGCUUGGUGUUGUAUGUUGGAUUGGAUGAUUGAAGUCUGAAGAAAAAAGACAUAUUAACAAUUUAGUAGCAUGUGGAUGAACCGAACACAGGAAACUCAACUCUGCUGCUCAACCCAUAAAUGUACAAAUGUAGUGUCAUUAAAAGGGAAAUAAACAGGACUUCUAAGUGUUUAAGAUUUUUUGCAUUGUUACAAAAAAGGAAUAAUCAACCAAACACAAAUUUCCUUACAUUUUGUGCUGAGUUUAUGUAUGUGUAUGUAUGUACGGAGCCGUGCUGAUCUUUUUAUGGAGCUCUCAGCAUGUGAGUAGAAAAGCAAAUUUCAGUAAAUGUUGAACUAUUUCUUGAAAUCAUUCUCUCAAGGCCUCCUGGAGGGUCAAGCUGAGGAGAAUGUGUUGAUUUUUUUGUUAAAUUUAGAUGGCAGGUUGAGCAUUUGAGAAUUUACUGUAGAAAAUCUCAUAUGUCACGGCAAAUGACUGUAGAAAAAAACAAAACAAAACAAAACAAAAGAGCAGCAAAUUUAUUUAUUGACCUAUUUAUUUUCAUUUGUAACUAGGAGAACAUCAGGCGUUUGGUAAUUAAAAGCUGCAUUUUCAAGUACUUGUGCAAAACUAAGCUUGUUUGAAAAACACUGCACACCUCACUCUUAUGAUACUACCCUGUCAAGAUCCCUUUGCUACGGUCUAUGUCGUUAACGAGAGGGGAAAAAACCCUUUUCUUAACACAAGUUUCUAAUUUCUAUGUAAUCUUUGUCUAAUUUUUAAUAUAACUGUGUGGCGUUCGAAAUGACAAGCAAGUUUUGUUUGUUUUGGAAGUCAGCAUGUUCUCUACGGUUUGUCGUAAUCUUCAUGUAGAAUGUGUUAAUUCAUCAUGCAGUAACACAGUCGGAGCCUUCACAGAGGUAUCGUCAGAUAUCCUAUGCAUCUUUGAUUCUUCUUCGUUUAAUUAUUAUUUAUUUAUUGGGGGGUUUUUUGGGCCGUAAGUGUGACUUAACAUCAUUGUAGCACACUAUAUCUGUGUAGUUUCUUUACUGUGGGAGAAAAGAGUUUGUGUUGGCGAGCACUUUUAUUUUUGUCAAAUCACUGUGACACCUGUCUUUUGUUGUUAAGAAAAAAUUUCAAUAAAACUUACAAUGGUAUUCACAAAA